AUGGCUUGCCGUUACUUCAUCAGUAUCAGGCAAGAACACGAGAAUGAUUUAGAACAACUUGGUUUUACGAUCCCACAUGAUCUUUUCCACAUAGAUGUAGAGAUUCGUUGGAUUUGGCCUCUUGACCCCCAAGUAACCUCAGAAACCUUCAACCAAUCCAUCGUCGGUCGUCGUGACUUGUUUUUAUCCGAAGAAAAUGGUCGAAACAUCAUACGUUCGACGGUCGCGGACUCGAGAGCAUCCCCAGAACUCAUUGAUGCUGUCAUUGUUCCUGAUAUAUUGUCUUUCGCAAGGGAUGUCGAUAGUUUGCCUAUGAACAUUGGACGUCACGUAAUCAACUUGAGAGCCGAAUUGCUUGUUGAGGUGAGUCUUGAUGGCGAGAUCGAUGAAUUGAUUGAUGAAUCGAUGAGGAUUUCCGUGAAUUUCAGGCCUGCGAGUAAGUCGUCUAUCGAAGCUUUGAAAAGGGUCAAAUGGGGUGAUGAAGAUGAGGUUCAUCUUCCGUUAAAGAAGAGGAGGAAACCGGGCGAGGGUUUGAGUUCAAGAAAAGGUUGCGCAAUCUGUUUGGAUGAGUUCUUGGAUGGCGACGAUGUCGCCUCGACGCCUUGCGCACAUGUUUACCAUCACGAUCAUCCAAGACAACGGACUUCUUUAGAGCAUCUUGCUUCUAAUAUCCCGCAUCGUCGUCUCCACAUUGAUAUAGAGAUUCGUUGCACUUCUUCUCUUAAUCCGGAGACAACCUUGGAAACCUUCAACCGGUCCGUUUUCCCUAAUAUCUUGUCUUAUGCACGCCAUGCCGAUAGUUUAACUGUGAACCUUGGACGUCAAGUAAUUAAGUUGAGAGUCGAGAUACUCGCUGAGGUGAGUCCCAAUGAAGAGAUUGAUGAGUUGGUCGAUGAAUCGUUGGUGAAUUUCAAACCUGCAAAUAAGUCUUCUAUUAAAUCUUUGAAAAGGGUUAGAUAUGGAGGCGAUGAAGAUGAAGAUUAUCUUCCGGUGAAGAAGAAGAGGAAAUUGGAUUUGGGCGAGGGUGAGGGUUUGAGUUCAAGAAAAGAAUGCGUCGUUUGUUUGAAUGAGUUGCUCGACCAAGACAGGGUUACUUUAAUGCCUUGUGGCCAUAUUUAUCACUACGAUUGUAUUAUUAAGUGGUUGGAAACAAGUUAUUUGUGUCCAUUGUGUAGAUAUGAAAUGCCAACUGAUUGA